AUGGUAUGUGAUCUCAACGAGAGCGAAGUGAACACUACAUACCCUGGGUGUCUGGAUGUCUUUCGUGAGGUUUCUAAAUAUGCGGGGGAACAAUGUCCGGAAACCGUUCUGUACCGUUCAAGACCCCAGAUUCUGCACACCUCAACAAGGCGAACUAUAACCAACAACAUCCAUCCUGAAGUCGAACACAUCCCAGGCCCCCAUAGCUACAUCAUGAUGAUACAUUGUGCCAACAUUGAGAAACGUGUCACAAGAACACUUAUCCAUUUGCGAGCGACAAUAGAAGUGCACAUUCCCACAAAGACCUCUCUACCAAUAGUAGUGACCUUGCAUAAAGGGCAACCUGCGCCCGAUCUCGUCACAAAGACCAGCGUCAUCCACGAGGGAAGUCCGGACCCCAUGAGGAGAAAGGGGCACGUUCCCGGUAGUGCGACGUUAACCGACCAGCCAUCGUCGGGCUAG